AAAGGAGGAAGCAAAUUCCGCCGGCAUUCCCACGCCUGCCACAGUUCCUUAGCCCGGCCCUUCCUUUUUCGGGAGGGUCUCUUCACCCCGGAGUCUCCUCUUUAUGAAAUCACUUAAUCUCUGGCUUUGCUGUUCCCACAUCCUCUCCCUGAUUAGUCCUGUACGUUUAAAGAUUGAAAAUUACUACAGAGAAGAGACAAGUAAAACUCAUUCCCGGGGGGCGUCCUGGAGAAGGCUAAUUUCCUGCCUUCUUAAAUCGGCUAUCUAAAUCAGUUGUUUUGCUCCCAUCUCCAGAGCUUCAAUUGCUCUUUCGCGUCCCAAUUCCACAAGAGCUCUGGGCGACAAAGAGUUAUGGAGAAGCGCCUGCAGGAGGCUCAACUGUACAAGGAGAAAGGGAACCAACGUUACCGAGAAGGGAAGUACCGAGAUGCUGUAAGUAGGUACCAUCGAGCUCUGCUUCAGCUGCGGGGUCUGGAUCCAAGUCUGCCCUCCCCGAUACCUAAUCUAGGACCUCAGGGCCCGGCCCUCACACCUGAACAAGAGAACAUACUGCACACCACCCAGACAGACUGCUACAACAAUCUAGCUGCCUGUCUCCUUCAGAUGGAGCCAGUAAACUACGAACGAGUGAAAGAAUACAGUCAGAAAGUCCUGGAACGACAGCCUGAUAAUGCCAAGGCCUUGUAUCGGGCUGGAGUGGCCUUUUUUCAUCUGCAGGACUAUGACCAGGCUCAGCACUACCUCCUGGCUGCUGUCAAUAGGCAGCCAAAAGACGCCAAUGUCCGGCGGUACCUCCAGCUAACUCAGUCGGAACUCAGUAGCUACCAUCAGAAGGAGAAGCAGCUGUACCUGGGCAUGUUUGGUUAACAAAAGAAGAAAGACGCUCCUCUACUUGAACUUAGGUGAACCAUUAAAGACCCAUCGAGGGGAAACCUGAGCCUCAGCAAGAGAAAUUAACCCCAUACCUCUGACCCAGGUGGAUUUCUGUUUUCUUUCUAGCUCUGCACAAACUCUUUGGCACUUAAGCAGGCUGUGUCUUUUUUUUGCCUGUCCAUCUACGUAUUUGUAUAGCUUUCCAUACGUGAUAUUCUUGGAGAUGUUUGCUUUGAGAAAUACAAUCAGCUAUAUGUGAAAUAAUCCUGUCUAUGGCAUAGAUUUUAACGAUAGAUGUUGUUAGAUGUGCCCAUAUGCAGAGGAAAAAGCUCAUAAGGAUGAAAUCAUGAUCACAAAGUUUUUUCUUUGGUUCCUCAGCUUCCCAAAGCCAAAGUUACAUAGGCCACAACCCAGGAAAUAUGUUUUUUUGUGAAAAUAGACAAUUACAAGUUGGACCCACAUGACUUAAAUGAUUUGAAAUUAACCAUUUUGAUUAAAUCAAAUUCCUUAUGUACAUUCAGACCUCCGCCCCACAAAGGUAUCUGGUUCCUAUUUUUUCUGGUGAUAAUUUCUAGUCCCUGGUAUUGUUCAUACUCAGAUCAUUCAUACAAUAUGCUUAUUUAUUUUUUUUCAUUAAACUCUCCUAUCUUAAAACCUUGAGUCAAGCAUUUAAGUAUUUAAUAAUUCUUCAGCCUCGUGCCAAAAAACCCCCCAAACCCUAAGUAAACAUUUUCUUUUUUAACACGUGCAUAUCUAUAGUAUGCUCAUUUCUCUAACAAAAAGGGUGGGGCGGAAGGGACAGGUUGCUGCGUCUUCUUGAAACAAUACCAUGAAAGAGCAGGAUAAAAACAUCAGUCUGUUCUUUCCCCGUCACCUUGUAUUAUGCAAAAGCUCAGUUCCUUACAGAGGAGGGAAAUGAGGAAGAGUUCUCCUUCCCUAGUGCUUAAGCUCCCCAUGGAACUUUCUGGAAGUUUUGUCAGUGCAGGCUGUGGACCCGGUACAGUCAUGUCUCCGUAGGAGGUUCCAUCGACCAGGAGAUCCUUUGCCAUUUUGUGCGCUUGUUGUGAAUAAUGUUCACACUGUAUUAUGGGUAGAGGCAGUAAGCAUGUGUCGCUAGCCAUUACAUAAGGACAGAUUUCAGAAAGAACAAUAAAAACAAUCCCAAGUCCUCCGUAUUGCCAAGUGUGCAUGAGUUUUCCAUUUAUCAGUAAUGCCCCUUCCCAAUGAGCCAGGCUCCGCUCUGCGUCUCCCAUACCCCUUAAAUAAUACAACUUACAAUAAAAAGCUUUUCUACCAAAUAAUCUUGUGAGUCUAAGGACAGAACUAACGAAAAUAGAAUAUUUCAUUCCUUUCCCAAGCUGCUUACAUUUCUAAGCCUAGGUUGUUGACAAAAUUAUGUCAUGGUUGCAUGUUUGCUUUGGGCAAGUUUUGCUGAUUUUCUUUUUCUCUUUGUUUUUUUUUUCCCCCCAAAGACUAAGCUAUCUUCUGCAUCAAUGAGGAAAAAAUAAAACUGAUAAUUCAAAAAUUGUAUUUUAGAUCAGGCAGUAUUCCUUCAUUUGUAUGUAGAUAAUGGACUGACCUAUAUUUUAUUUCCUGAGUUUAAGCCUACUCCCUUGCAAUUAAAAAAAAAAAAAAGCAUUUAAAAACUGAAAAAAAUAACAAAAUAAAAACAUAUUUUAGGAAUGUAUUGCACUGAUCCUUUUAUUAGCACGGUUAAGAGACAAAGUGGUCAGGCUUGCAUUUCAUUCUUCAUUUUGAAGACCAGCUUCCAGUGGAGAUGUUAAUGAACAGGAAAGUGGACAAAGAUGGGCAGCCAGAUGUGGGUGUGGAGGAGGUCUAGCAAGCCCACAUCCUGAAGGAAACAGCUAGAGGGCACCUAAAUGUCAGUACUCAGAAGUUUCUGGAGGAGGAGGGUGCUCACCUUACGAGUCCUUAAUGGAUUCCAUGCAGAAUUUCAGGGUGUGAUUGAAGAGAAAGCAUUGUAGAUGUGAAGGUCCAUACUUUGGCACAUAACGGACAGUUGAGAGCAGUGUCUCCCGAACUCCUACCCACUACCUUUACAAUUUUGCCAAAACUACAUACUACCUAUACUAUUGUUUUCAAUAUUUUAUUUAAAUAUAUAUUUUUAAA